GUUCGUUCGGUCGAUGGUCGUCGCAGGAACAUGAAGAGGAAGAGGAAGGAAGGAGGAGGCGGCGGAGGAGGAGAGGGAGGAGGGAGAGAGGACGGUGAGGCUGUGUGGCAAACGCCGUCGAAUCCUCCGGAGCGCCAAGAUUACAUCUUUCAUCAAGGGAGGCGCUACGUCACGCCCUACCACUUCGAGUUCAUCUCUCACGUUAAGAGUCGCUGGGCUGGCAAAACCAUUGUGGAUUUGUUUGCCCACGAGUUCAAAGGCAGACCUUAUGAGUAUUAUGUCAGUGCUGUCGAAUGUGGACGGAUACAAGUCGAGGGGAGGGUCGUUCCUGUCUCUUACAUUGUAAAAACGUCUGAAAAAAUAAGCCACUUUGUACACAGGCACGAGCCUCCUGUGAUGAGCCAUAAUGUCUCCAUCCUACACAAAGAACCGGAUGUGGUGACUGUUUGUAAGCCAGCAUCUAUUCCAGUGCAUCCAUGUGGUCAGUAUCGUAAAAACACUGUGGUUGGCAUCCUUCAGGCAGAGCAUGGGCUGGCACCCCUAUUUCCUGUUCACCGACUAGAUCGCCUUGUCUCUGGACUCCUUAUAUUUGCCAGAAACGCAUCGAAAGCAGAUCUUUUCAGGCAACAGAUUGAAGGUGGUUUGUUGCAGAAACAGUACAUUGCAAAGGUGGUGGGUGAGUUUCCUGAGAAUAAGCUGGAGGUCAAUGCCAACGUCAAUUACAAUGCUCGAGAAGGAAGGAGCACAGUGGAAGCAGGGGACACUACUUGUGACACUGCCCUCUUGAAAGGAAAGGCCGCCAGUACAAAGUUCACAAGGAUCAGCACCAAUGGAACUCAUAGCAUCGUUCUCUGUGAACCAGUCACUGGAAGAACUCAUCAGAUACGAGUCCAUUUGCAGUUUAGUGGCCAUCCAAUUGCCAAUGACAUGCUUUACCUUUCUGAACAAAGGACCAAUCGUUCAGCUGAAGGAAUGGUUGCUGAUAAGGCUCCUGGUUUGUCAUCAGAAUCCAGUGUAACUGAUACCUGGCAGAAUGAAAAGGAAGAGCAGCCUUGCAUUGAAUUUAGUGCUGACCCUAUGUGCACGAAUUGUCCAAAUUUAGCUCCAAAAGGAUAUGAUGGGAAUGAGGAGGGAUUGUGGCUACACUGCAUACGAUAUUCUGGACCCGGAUGGAUCUAUGAGUGCCCAUAUCCAGAUUGGGCAUCCCUUAGCUAGCCUGAGAACAUUCCAAAUUUUCAUCUCGAGGCUGUUCUCUAAAUUUGCUCUAAAAUUGUAGCAAGUUUACAGUAAUGCAGCUAUUUACUUUUCGAAAGAGCCUUGAAAGAAUCUGAUACAGUGAGAGGCAAUUGCAAGCCUGCAAAUUGUUUCGGCUAACACAA